GUCGAGUGACUGGUUCAGUCGUCAGUCGCCAACGCCGUGUUAAAGGCACAAUACAUUCAUGUCAUGUCGUGUUUCAUCUGGACCUUGGGGUGCUGGAAACUGGCCGUUAUCCUUCUCUUCUCAGCGGUUCGUGUUCAACUGAGUGAAGAAGCCGAAAAUUCAACGAAAACAACGAAGAAUUGGUUCGGGAUUUUUGCAGCCAGACCUACUAUAGUUGAAACCCCCCACUGCACAUGUAGUUGUGGCGAACGUAAUGAUGGCAGCAGGAUUGUGGGUGGAAAGCCCACAGAGAUGAACGAAUAUCCAUGGAUGGUCCGUCUUUCAUACUUCAAUCGGUUCUAUUGCGGUGGCAUGUUGAUCAACGACAGAUACAUCCUUACCGCUGCACACUGUGUCAAAGGGUUUAUGUGGUUCAUGAUCAAGGUGACAUUCGGCGAACAUGAUCGUUGUAACGACACCCGGAAGCCGGAAAGUCGUUUCGUGUUGCGUGCCACAACCGGUGACUUCAGCUUUAUGAACUUCGACCACGAUAUCGCCCUGCUGAGGCUCAACGACAGGGUGCCAAUCACUGACACCAUCCGACCAAUCUGCCUGCCCAACAACACAGAUGAGGUGUAUGAGGGAGUGAAGGCGAUAGCAACCGGAUGGGGCACGGUUAAAGAAGAUGGCAAGCCUUCCUGUAUCCUGCAGGAAGUAGAAGUUCCCGUUAUGAGUAAUGAGGACUGUCGGAAAAACACCAAGUACAAUGAGAAAAUGAUCUCUGACAACAUGCUCUGCGCCGGUUACCCGGAGGGAAUGAAGGAUUCCUGUCAAGGUGACAGUGGGGGGCCCUUGGCCACUGAACGCGACGACAAGAAAUUCGAACUCAUUGGUAUCGUGUCAUGGGGAAAUGGUUGCGCAAGACCUGGGUAUCCUGGCGUCUACACACGCGUCACUCGGUACCUGUCAUGGAUAAAGGAGAACUCUAAGGACGGAUGUUACUGCCAGGACUGCAGUCAGUCUGCUUCUGGAAGCGGGUCGGUCAUGAUGGCUACUAGGAAGACAAGCUUGCUGCUGGCUGUUGCUGUGUUCAUGCUGCAUUCUGCAAAGACUGAAGACUCCAAUGAGGAAGCUAGAGGAUUCCUAUCUUUCCUCUUUGGAAGACCUAGACUUUGCAAUUGCCUUUGUGGACGACCAAACCGAGUGAAUGCUCGUCUGCAGGGUGGAGAGUUCUCUCAGUCACACGAGUUUCCCUGGCUGGUGGCUAUUAUUCUCAAUGGGACGCGUAUUUCCAGUGGAGUACUUAUCAAUGACAGAUAUGUCAUUACAUCAAACGGACCACUGGCUGGGUUAACGCCAUAUCAAGUGAAAGUAACUCUUGGAGCCACUGACCGCUGCCGGGUGGACAUCUCUUCUGUCAACGACAGUGUAUCCAGCAUCACUGCUCUGCCGAACUACGAUGCUCGGACCGGAAGUCACGACAUAGCUCUCCUGAAACUCACCAAUCCGGUCACAUUCAAUCAGAAUAUUAAUCCAGUCUGCCUUCCGGAUCCUAAUGCUAGGUAUUUGGGUCAAGUAGUGACUGUGGUCAGCUGGGGUCAGGAACCAAACUCAACGACGACAACUACAACCACGACACCUCAGGGCCCGGCUGCAACUAACGCCACUGGUGCAGGGAACACUACUACUGCCAAUACUACUACGACCACUCCCGCUCCUGGCCGACGAAGACGGGCUGUAAGCACAGAUGAUUAUGCAGAGUGGACUGAUUAUGAAGGCGAGAGUUUCUGGGAGAAUUUGAACUCCAGAGAAGGCAGACAAGCAAGUUUUCCCUCUGACAAUCUGUGCCUGCCCAAGAAGCUCGGUCUGCCAGUACUGGGAGAAGGGCAGUGUCAGAACGCCAACGUUAACUCGCAAGAGAUAUCAGGAGAUACAGGUUGUGCCGGGAUUAGCGGCGCCCCAAACCAAGUUUGCUCCGUUGACCUUGGAGCACCAGUCCAAUUCAGGGAUCUUCGUGGAGUGUAUCAGCUAAUCGGUAUAGUUUCUGCCAACAACAAUUGCAUUAAUUCCACAACGCCGACUCUGUACACCAGAAUCAACAGCUACGUACCCUGGAUAUAUAGCAACACUGCCGAUGCCUGCUAUUGUUCAUCGACAUUAAAAUUCGGAUUCUAGACAGCGAAGAUGGCCUCAGACUCAGGCAACCUGAAAGUGAUGACUUAAAAUUAAGUUAUAUGUAUUACAAGGCUCAUCAGUGACGAGAUAAUAAUAUCCCAUUUUAUGUUUUUAAUAAGUGCACAAUUAUUUUUAAAAUGGUUUAUAAAAUUAAACUAAUAUGACUUCAGUUAAACAUCGUAUCAUGAGUAAAUAUACUUAUAGUUGCAAUGGAAAUGUAUUCCUCGUAUAUAUUUAAGCGUAUUAGGCUUAUAUCUUACAGACUGAGAUCAGAGAUGUAUUGAACAUAAUGGAAAUAUUAUAGAAUAAAUGGAAAUAGCAUCAA